AUGCAUGUCGGUAUCGUCGGCGGAGGGAUCUCCGGUCUCUAUUCAGCCUUGAUGCUCCGCAGACAAGGUAUUACGGUGACUCUUUUCGAGGCAACCGACCGUCUAGGUGGCCGAAUCUAUACUUACCAUUUUUCACCUCUUUCGCUUGGUGAGGAUCCAUAUUUUGAGGCUGGCGCUAUGCGCAUCCCGUGUACCUCGACCCAUCGUUCGGUCUUCGGCCUUAUAGAAGAUUUGAAUCGACACAGUCAUGAUGAUAUGAAACUCCAGCUGAUCCCUUACAUAAUGGAACAUGAGAACAAUAUGGCAUUUGUGAGCGGAAAGAAGAGAAGAGCCAACGACGUGAGUCUGGCGGCGGAACUCGGCUUGCCGGAGAAAUACUGUGGUCGAAGUGCGCAGGAUCUUUUGAGGAUUGUCAUUGAGCCGUGGGUGACACUUUUAAGGGACAACUUCGAGGCUGGGUUCGAGAAUGUGCUCCAAUACGACGAGUGGUCUUUUCGCCAGUAUUUACACCUCGUAGCCCAGUGGCCACACGAAGUGAUCGAUUUCGUGGAGAUGAUGACGAGCCAGACAAAUCAGUACAAUCUGAGCUUUAUUGAGGUCAUACUGCAAUACCUAGACUUUAAUACUAAAGAAUGGGUCACAAUCAAAGGUGGCAUGUCUCGGCUGAUUGAUGCUGUCGCCAGCCUCGUUGGAGUUCAUAAUAUCCACACAAAUGCGCCAGUCAAAGGAAUUCAUACUAGUCCCCACGGAAAAGUCAAGCUUUUCAUUGGGGGAAUCUCUCCUAAAGCCAUGAUUUUCGACAGUGUCAUCUUGGCAAUCCCUCUAUCCUCGCUGAACAAUAUGCUGGAGCGACCGCGCUGGAGUUUUAGCAAGGAACAAGCGAUCAGUCGCACGUACUACGAACCUCUUUAUAAAAUGGGUCUCCACUUUCGAUCCCGUUUCUGGGAACACUCUGCUCAGCCCUGUUUCGGGGGCCAGAGCACGACCGAUCUUCGGGUGCGAUGGGUGAUCUAUCCAUCAAAUGACCUGGGAUCUAAUGGGUCCGGCGUUCUACUCAUAUACUCUUGGAUGACGGACGCGGCUCGGUGGAGUGCUAUGCAAUUUGAAGAUCGCGUCGAACUCGCACUCCAUGAGCUUGGUAUUCUAUUUGCUGGGGAGGAUGAAGCAUUGGAUGUUACUCAAGAGUUCAUUGAAGCAUUCGAUAUCAGCUGGUCUUCUCAUUCGUCAACAGGAGGCUGUAUGUACCUCCCUGGUCAGCUUUCUCGAUUUUCAGUGGAAGCAGGCAGGCCUGAAGGCAACAUUUAUUUUGCUGGAGAGCAUCUAAGCCGACAUCAUGCCUGGAUUGCUGGGGCGAUCGAUUCGGCGUCCAAAACCGUGAAGGAAAUGCUUCUCAAGAGCAUUUCCUCCAAACUCUGA